UUGUUUUUUUUUUUAAAUGUGUUUUUUAUUUAUCACAGCAGUGUGAAAUUGGCUGCAAUAGUGUCUGAUCAUUGAGGACUGUGUUGGUUAAAUGAAAACUAAUAGCAUUUUCACAAAUAUGUGUAUGUUUUGACUGAGGUGUGUAUGUUUUGCGUCAUUUUGCAAACAAUCUAGGAAUCAUGCAAAUUGAGUGUGGUGUUUGGAUAAUUGUGAUUAUAUUUUGAAAAAAAGAACAAUUGAAAAAAACUGUAAUGGCUGUGUGCGGGCAAAACUGUGCUUGGGCGGUUCGAUUUACAGAUAGGAUUGUACAGAAAAAGAGUUCUUCAAGGCAUUUCAUGCGGGAUUUUAGGUUGACAGUCAAUAUAAUCUGGCAACCCUGACUGCACAGUCCACACAAACGAAAGUAAAAUAUUUUUUGUUCAGCACGCAGUUGGUAUUUGUCGACACAGUACGCGCCCGAAGCAAAAUACAUUUGUGAGUUUUUCAGUACAAUCAGGUAAAGAUUUGAAUAGAGAACACUUCGAGAAAGUGACAUUUAUAAUUAAGUAUUUAUAUAUUCCAUGUCCUCCAGCAAGGCGAUUUCUUUAUUAGAGGUAAAUUAAAGUCUUGCGUGUCUCAUUUUGGUUUGAAUAACGUCAUCCAGCCCAGCUUAUGUAUACUAUUUAUAGUGAAGAUAUAUAUAUACAUAUACACACUACCAUUAAAACGUUUUGGUUCACUUCAGAGGAGACUUAAUUGUCCUCUGAACAAGGGUAAGAACUGUCGGUCUUGCCAUGUAAAAUAUACGUUUAUAUCAGUUGAUAGUGGGGAUGUGGCGAUCUCGUACUCUUAUCCAAAAUCGUUUCCGUAAGCGUAAUUACAUACGUUGUAUUGCGAUCAAGGCCCCAGCGUCAUCUAAGCGCGGCCACAGAGCCCGUCAACGUAAGAGGCUACUAGAUUUUGAAUCCACUGCUUCUAAAAUGAGUCACUCUGGGGACAGAGAGGAGGGGACCACUGCCUCUAAAAGGAGCCUUCUUGAGGGAACCGCUGCCUCUAAAAGGAGCCUUCUUGAGGGAACCACUGCCUCUAAAAGGAAGAGACGCAGGGUCCAUCAGGAGAGACCAGACUCCCCUGUCCCCAGUUGUCAGUCAGAGAAGGAUGAACACACUAUGGGACGACCAAUAGACUUCAGAGAGGGAGACUUAUCCUCUGAACAAGGGGUCCGUCCAGAGAGACCAGACUCCCUUGUCCCCUGCUGUGUGUCCAUGAAGAGUGGUCACUCGAUGGGACUGCCAGAAUAUUUCAGAAAGGGAGAACAAGGGGUCCAUCAGGAGAGAUCAGACUCCCCUGUCCCCAGCUGUGUGCCCAUGAAGAGUAAUCACACGAUGGAACGGCCAGUAUCAUUCGGAGAGGGUGACUUGUCCUCUCAUCAAGGGCGUGUUCAGCAUGAGAAAUCAACACAGAUGAAAUUUCAGACUGUUCUGAGACCCCAUCAAGACAUAAAGACUAAACUGGGACUGAAGUAUCAACACCUAUCUGAAGGACACCAAGGAAAAAGAACUCUCGUGAAGGACAUUUACACAGAUCUCUACAUCACAGAGGGUGGAAGUGGAUGGAUCAAUGAAGAACAUGAAGUAAGACAGAUCGAGAUGGCAUUCAAAAGAGAAAACACACAAGAGACAACAAUCAAAAGCAACGACAUCUUCAAGCCAGUAAGCCAACAGCAGUGGGAUAAUACCAAAUUGAGAGGUUUGAGAAACCUGACAAAAGGAAUUGCUGGCAUUGGAAAAACAGUGACUGUGCAGAAGGUCAUCCUUGACUGGGCAGAGGGAGAAGCCAAUCAGGACAUUGAUUUCAUGUUUCCUCUUCCUUUCCGUGAUCUGAACCUAAUAAAGGGCCAAUAUAGUCUGAUGCAACUCCUUUCCCUCUACUUCCCAGAGCUGAAAGAGAUUGACAGUAUUGAAGAUGAUGAAACCAAAACUGUUUUCAUUUUGGAUGGUCUCGAUGAGUAUCGACUUCACCUUGACUUCAAAAACAAUCAGAAGUGCUACGAUGUCACAGAAUCAAAUUCAGUGGAUGUUCUGCUGACAAACCUCAUUGAAGGGAAUAUGUUUCCAUCUGCUCUCCUCUGGAUAACCACCCGACCAGCAGCAGCCAAUCAGAUCCCUCCAGAGUGUGUUGACCAGGUGACAGAGAUACGAGGCUUUAAUGAGGCACAAAAGGAUGAGUACUUAAGAAAGAAAAUCACAAAUCCUAAUCUGGCCAACAACAUCAUCAAACACAUAAAGUCAUCUAGAACCCUUCACAUCAUGUGCCACAUACCAGUCUUCUGUUGGAUAUCAGCCACUGUCCUUGAGAUGAUGCUGAAACAAGAAGAGAAGGAUGAAAUUCCCAAUACUCUGAUCCAAAUGUACUCACAGUUCAUACUCAUUCAAACCAGUGUGAAGAACAAGUACAACAAAGCCACAGAGACAAACCCAAAGGAACCCUCUCAGACAGACAAAGAAAUGAUCCUGAAGCUCUCAAAGCUGGCUUUCCAACAGCUGCAAAAGGGCAACCUGAUCUUCUAUGAGGAGGACCUGAGAGAGUGUGGCAUUGAUGUGACAGAGGCUUCAGGGUACUCAGCAUUGUGUACAGAGAUCUUUAUAGAAGAAUGUGGGUUGUACCACAAGAAAGUCUUCAGCUUUGUUCAUUUGAGCCUUCAGGAGUUUCUAGCAGCAGUACAUGCUCUAGAAUCUUGUCUGGGCAAAGAGGAACAUGUUUUCCCCCCCAAAGCUGUCACUCAAUCCCCAUUCCACUGUGAUGAUGUUGAGGAUAAUGAUGAUGGUGAUGAUGUUGAAGUGAGGAAGCCAGACAAGUUAUACGACUUAUACAGGAGAGCAGUGGACCAGGCCUUGAUAAGUAAGAAUGGACACCUGGACUUGUUCCUCCGCUUCCUUAUGGGUCUCUCACUGAAGUCCAAUCAGGAUCUCUUAAAAGGCCUUCUGACACAGGCAGGAAGUACAACACAGCAAAAUAUGGAAACCUUAAAGAGAACAGAGAAGUACCUGUCAGACAAGAUCAAGAAGGAAUCCUCACCAGAAAGAACUAUCAACUUAUUCCACUGUCUCAAUGAACUUGGUGCCAACUCUCUUGUUGAAAACAUGCAGAUCACCCUACGAUCAGGAAUUCUUUCAGAAGCAAAACUACAACCUCACCAAUGUUCAGCCCUGACCUAUCUGUUACUAAUGUCAGAGGAUGUCCUGGAGGAGUUUGACUUGAAGAGAUACAACAGAUCAGCGGAAGGUUAUCAGAGGUUCUUACCGGUAGUGAAAAACUGCAAGAGAGCAUUACUGAGUAGCUGUAAUCUCAACUACGAAUCAUGUAAAACGCUGGGCUUAGCUCUGCAGACAUCAAAAUGCCUGCUGAAAGAACUGGACAUCAGCUACAAUCACCUGGAAGACAGAGGGGUGGAACUGCUCUGUGCCGGACUAACCAGUCCAAUCUGCAAAAUACAGACACUUGUCUUGGCUCGGUGUAAACUCACAUCUAAAUCCUGUGAGACUCUGAUCUCAGCUCUACGGACACCAAACUGCCUCCUGAGAGACCUGAUUCUCAGCUACAAUCACCUGGAAGACAGAGGAGUCAAACUGCUCUGUGCUGGACCAGCCACUCCAAUCUUCAACAUACGGACACUUGAUCUAGGUCAUUGUGGUCUAACAGAGGGUUGCUGUUUAUAUCUGGCCUCAGUCCUGCGUUCCCCAAACUCACAAAUUAAAAAACUGGAGCUGAGAGACAAUGACCUGAAAGAUGCAGGUGUGACUCAGCUCUCUACUGGAAUGGAGGAUCCAAACUGUAAACUACAUGCACUGGGGCUGUCUGGCUGUCUGGUCACAGAGGAAGGCUGUGCUUCCUUGGCUUCAGCUCUGAGGUCAAAUCCCUUUAACCUGAGGGAGCUGGACCUGAGCUACAAUUACCCAGGAGACUCAGGAGUGAAGCUGCUCUCUGCUGGACUGGACAAUCUACAAUGGAGACCGGAGAAACUCAGUAUGGACCACUGUGAAAAUGACAGGCUGAAAUCAGGACCCCGGAAAUAUGCCUGUGAUCUCACACUGGACCUUAACACUGCAUACACCCACCUCUCUGUGUCUGAGGAGAACAGGAAUGUGACAUUUUCAGAGUUGCAGCCGUAUCCUGUCCACACAGAGAGAUUUGACUACUGGAACCAGGUGCUGUGUAGUGAGGGUCUAACUGGACGCUGUUACUGGGAGGUAGAGAGGAAUGGAGAGGUUGUGAUUGCAGUGACAUAUAAAGGAAUCAGCAGGAAAGGAAAGGAUGAUGACAGUCGGCUUGGAUACAAUGACAAGUCCUGGAGUCUGGACUUCUAUGAUAACAGGUGCUUUGCCUAUCACCACAGUAAGAAAACGUCCAUACCUGACCCCGCCUCGUCUCCCUGGCCCAACAGAGUAGGAGUGUAUCUGGACUGGCCGGCCGGCACUCUGUCCUUCUACAGCAUCUCGUCUGACACACUUAGCCACAUACACACAUUCCACUGUACCUUUACUGAGCCACUCUAUCCAGGGUUUUGGGUUGGGUCAGACUCCUCAGUGUCUCUGUGUCAGGUUCCUGAACUUCCCUCCCUCAGUUGCUCUUCUCAACACGAUAAUCAUCUGCCGUAAAUAUUUUUUAUGCUUCUAUGUGCAUAAAAAAUGCGGAGAGUCCUACACAAUUUUCCAGCCUAUCUGUAAAUGUCCAAAUGCUGCACCGAGAUCUUAAAGAACCAGAACUGUUAUUUUAUCAGAAUCAAUAUGCACCCUUAUAUAAUUUAUAGCUUUAAUCAGGGCCGUUUCAGUACUGUGGUGAGGUCGAAAACAUACAGGAAAACUGAGAGUGGGAGAAAGUGAGAGAGAUAAGACCCUAACCCUAACCCUCUCUUUCACUCCUUUUUCUACCCCCUCCAUUCUUUCUCAUCAAUUCCCUACUCUCCUGUUGUCUCUCCUUUCUCCCCGCUCACCCCCCCUCGCUUUUUUUCUUCAUCUCGUUUUUGGGGGUCUGGUUAUGGGUAAGUAAAAACACAUGCUGGUGUUAAUGAGCAACAAGUGAGGUUGUUUUUGCCCUCACCCGCCUGAUAAUGGUUUUACAACUGAGUUAACAUGUUAUUUAUGCCCUCAUGUGGUUGAUAAUAGAAUUACAGCUGAGUUAACAUGUUAUUUAUGCCCUCAUGUGGUUGAUAAUAGAAUUACAGCUGAGUUAACAUGUUAUUUAUGCCCUCAUGUGGUUGAUAAUAGAAUUACAGCUGAGUUAACAUGUUAUUAAUGCCCUCAUGUGGUUGAUAAUAGAAUUACAGCUGAGUUAACAUGUUAUUUAUGCCCUCAUGUGGGUGAUAAUAGAAUUACAGCUGAGUUAACAUGUUAUUUAUGCCCUCAUGCGGUUGAUAAUAGCAUUACAGCUGAGUUAAAUGGCUGUGCUGCAAAUGUUUCUGUCUUAUGUGUGUCUAUGUAAUGUUUUACCUGUAAAUUUCAUAUAUUUUGUAUACUUUGAUAUUUCUUCCUGUACAGCACUUUGGUCAACGACAGUUAUUUUAAAUGUGCUUUAUAAAUAAAGUUGACAUUGACAUUGACAAGCAAGUUACUGUAACGUUUGUUGGAUUAAACUUGAAAAUAAAGAUAUCUAGCUAA